UUCAACUUUGGACGUUCCUAACCAUGAGUCUGCGGGUGCGGACGGAACCCCUGCAUGGGGACCUUCCGCUGUCGAUCCCGGGGGACCCCUACUCGGUAGUAGUGCUGCUGCAGGGCUACUCGGAGCCGGAGGGAGUGGGGGGAGCGCAGAGAGCGGAUGGUUCUGUGACUCUGGUGCUGCCCAAAGCGUGGAAACCGCGUAGCACGCGUUGGGAGGCCCCUGCGGAGCUGGAUACGCAGGUUGCACUGGAGCAAGCGGGCUCCGGCCCAGUGCUGGUGGACACCGGAGGACCCUGGGCUCGAAAUUCCCUGCUGGCCGCACUGGCCACACAUGGCGUGGCCCAGGACGCUGUGACCCUUGUGGUGGGCACCCACGGCCACUCAGACCACGUGGGCAGCCUGGGGCUGUUCCCGUGUUCCUCGCUCCUAGUCUCCCACGAUUUUUGUCUCCCAGGGGGCCUCUACCUGCCCCAUGGGCUGAGCGAGACGAACCCACUGCGUCUUGGUCCUGGACUUGAAAUCUGGGCCACUCCGGGCCACGCGGGCCUGGGUGACGUGAGCGUGGUAGUGACUGGCACCGCCUUGGGUACUGUGAUAGUGGCUGGAGAUGUGUUCGAGCGGGAGGGCGACGGCGAUAGCUGGCGGCAGCUCAGUGAGGAUCCCACCGCCCAAGAGCGCAGCCGGCAAAGGGUGCUGGCGGCCGCCGACGUCGUGGUGCCUGGCCACGGGGGACCCUUUAGGGUCUUUAGAGACCCUGGGGACCACGCAGUGGAAUGACCUAGUACCAAGGGGUUUACAAGCAUGGACUCGGGGAUCUGCCCUGGAAGGGUACCUGCCUGGUCCAA